UCUAUACAUAUAUGUCAUCUUUAUUUGCUAUGGUUUCUUUUUUAUCUUUUUGCAGUGCAUUUAUGUGUACCUCAAAAUCAUUUUGGGAAGAAUUUACUUGCGUUCACGUAAAAAGAAACUUAUUUUUAGAGAUGUGAUUUUUGUUUUGUUUUGGUGAGGUAAGUGAAUUCAUGUUUGUAUAUGGGGAGGUUGUGAAGGGGGAACCUCACAGAUGAGGACUCUGAGCCUCUCUGGUAUUCUUCUCUUGUCCGGUUCGUGUCCGGUUUCUUUUCUUUGCCCUGCAAACACAGACGCGCUUUAUGAAGUGCGUGCGCACGGGGACGCGCUGGAUGAAACUCCGCGCGGGCACAGCAUGUCUGGGUACAGAAAGUUUACCUAGUUUAAGGAUACCACCCCCCAUAUAUGUGGAUCAGCAACAUUCUACACGUCUUUUCAUGACGUCUCUUGACGCACCCUCCUGAUGAAUGAAGGGCAGAUGUGGCGUAUACGCAAGCGUUACGCACGCCCCGCCCUCUACCUGCAGGCUCCGCCCACUAACAUUGAGACGCACCUGAAUCCAGCGACACGGAAGUCCGGCUGAGAUUAUUCAACACUAAACGCCGCCGUGGAAGUCACUCGCAAACUUUGUGACACUCGCUGUGAAGUUCAACACAUUUGUCAAGAUGUAUUCUGGAUAUAUUCUGAAUCUCUGACGGUUUGACAGCCGGCGAUGUUACGCGCAGGGUGUGUGCCAGGUGAAGUUUUGUUUCCUACUCUCUGAACGGCAGCCUCCAUUCAGCCCUGCCACAAAAGAAUGACAUUUCUCCGCCGGGUUCUGCGCAGACGACUGCGCCCAUGGAAGCUCGCCGCCGUUGCGCUGGUGUUCGUGACAUUUCUGUUUCUGAUGCAGAGAGAAGUGGUCAGUCAGAACUCUCAGAACGAGCCCUGGCUCAAGGAAAUCGUGGUGAAACGGGACGCCGUCUUUGGGAUGGUGAUGGGAGCCGUGAAUAACUUUCGGGAUGCCAUGCCAAAGAUGCAGAUCAAAGCUCCCAUGAGACAGCAGCAGGGAAACGACGGAAGCCCGGCCUGUUUAGCCGGAUACUACACGGCCGCCGAGCUCCGGCCGGCUUUGGAAAGGCCCCCGCAGAACCCCAGUCAACCGGGGGCUUCUGGGAAACCUUUUCACACUGACAACCUAAGUCCAGAGGAGCAGAAGGAGAAGGAUAGAGGAGAUGAGAAGCACUGCUUUAACUUGUACGCCAGUGAUCGGAUCUCGCUCAGCAGAGACCUGGGACCUGAUACCAGACCUCCGGAAUGCAUAGAGCAGACGUUUAAACGCUGUCCAGCUUUGCCGACCACAAGCGUGAUCAUCGUCUUCCAUAAUGAAGGAUGGAGCACUUUACUGCGUACUGUCUACAGCGUCCUGCACACUUCUCCUGCUAUUCUUCUCAAGGAGAUCAUCCUCGUGGAUGACGCCAGCUCUGACGAUCGACUGAGGAACGAACUGGACGAAUACCUGAAACAGUUACACAUUGUCCGAGUGGUCCGUCAGCUUGAGAGGAAAGGUCUGAUCACGGCUCGACUCCUCGGGGCUUCGGUGGCUACAGGAGACACUCUCACCUUCUUGGAUGCCCACUGCGAGUGCUUUCAAGGAUGGCUGGAGCCUCUGCUGGCUCGGAUAGCUGAGAACUACACGGCCGUGGUGAGUCCAGACAUCACUACCAUAGACCUCAACACAUUUGAGUUCAUGAAGCCCUCACCGUAUGGACAGAACCACAACCGAGGGAAUUUCGACUGGGCCCUGUCCUUCGGCUGGGAGACGCUUCCGGCUCAUGAGAAACAGAGACGAAAAGAUGAAACGUAUCCGAUUAGGACUCCAACGUUUGCAGGCGGGUUGUUUUCUAUUUCCCGAGAUUAUUUUUAUGAGAUCGGAAGCUACGAUGAGGAAAUGGAGAUUUGGGGAGGAGAAAAUAUUGAAAUGUCCUUUAGGGUGUGGCAGUGCGGAGGGCAGCUGGAAAUCCUGCCCUGUUCUGUUGUCGGUCACGUGUUUCGUACAAAGAGUCCCCACACCUUCCCUAAAGGCACACAGGUGAUCGCUCGCAAUCAGGUGCGACUGGCGGAGGUGUGGAUGGACGAUUAUAAAGAAAUCUUCUACAGGAGAAACCAGCAGGCUGCACAGAUCGCCAAAGAGCACUCAUAUGGAGACAUCUCCAGGCGUGUGGAUCUCAAAGAAAAGCUUCAAUGUAAAAGUUUUUCCUGGUUUUUGAAAAACGUCUAUCCGGAGGUCUUUCUGCCUGAUCUCAAUCCAGUGCAGUUUGGUUCGAUAAAGAGCAUUGGUAAGGAUGCCUGUUUGGACGCUGGUGAAAAUAAUGAGGGAGGAAAAACUCUCAUCAUGUAUCCCUGCCAUGGAAUGGGAGGAAACCAGUACUUUGAGUAUUCAACCCAUCAUGAAAUCAGACACAAUAUACAGAAGGAACUCUGCCUGCACGCGGCCGACGGAGCCGUCAAAUUAGAGGACUGCCAGUAUAAAGGACACGACACGCAGACCGGAUCACAACAGAAAUGGGAAUUAAGAAAGGAUCAGCUGUUCUUUAACAAGGGCUCGAAAAAGUGCCUGACGUCUCAUCAUGAAAACCCUUCUCUCGCGACCUGCGAUCCAUCUGACAGAUACCAGCAGUGGGUCUUCAUUUAAACAGACCACACACACACACGCAGGGUCCAAAAUUAACUUUUUAUUAAGUUAUAGAGAAUCUGUCAUAAAUAUUGAUUUUAUUUAAAACAUUUUAUGUGAAACGUCAACCAAAUUAUUUUCUUGAUUUAUUUUGGUGCCUUGACAAAAAUAUAUUUUAGGUACAGUAUGUGUCACCACAUGGAAUUUUGAAGAAAACGUUAAGCUUCAUAUAAACCAUUUGGAUAAAGAUGUGAUGCUAAAAUAUCUACCGCGAGAAUUUGUUAGAUGCACAAUUGUUUUUAGCAGAAGACGACACUAAAGUUUGAUGUGCACGCCUCGUUGCAUUUUUUUAUUUGAGUGAAGCUAACUCCAUAUUAUUUCUUGCCAUACCCAGUUUUAAUUUUCACUCAAGUGUUAAUUUUGGACCCUGCACAUACAGCACACUACGUACUACAGAGAUAGGAUUUUAAUUUAUCUUAUACAUGGAAACUACUGCCGCUGGAAAGGUGGAAAAUCUCCAAAGCACAAACAUUCCUGUAUGCCAGUGCCAAGGCGUCUUGUGUGUGGGCACUUAGAAAAGUGCAGUAAAGUGAAGUUAUUCUUUCUUCUAGUCUUUCUUUCAUCCUCUUCAUUCCUUUGAUUUUAAAGUCUGCUAUUGUUUAACAUUUAAUUUUGGACUGUAAUCUCACUUCGUCCACAUCGGUGCUCAACGUCAACUGCGUUUCUGAACGUGAAACGCAUGUCUAACAAAAACAGAGGCCUUAUAUUUAAACCGUCAUGUUACGUGAAGAUUUUACAGCACCAAAGACUUCAUAAAAAAAGUAUUUGAUAUUUCCUCUUCAAAAAUGGAUUUUGCUGUAGUGAUGUGAGACGGGUCGUGUCUGUUAUGCAGUACACUCUGAAAUAAAGGUGCUUCACAAUGCCAUAGAAAAAUCAUGGUUCCAUAACAUCGAUCUGAAGAACCUUUCAGUGUCAGGUUCUAAUAGUGAUUAUAAUUAUUAGAUUAUAAAAAGUUAUGAAAGAAGUGAGUUACCUUUGACUGAAUUGAAGGCUGUAAACACACAUUGGGGGGGACAAAAACAUUCAGGGGUGGGAUUUGGCCGUUUUUGAUUAUCGAGGGGUCUAUUGUGGUUAAAUGGCUCUGACUGAAUUGUUCAAAUGGGAACCAAUAUGGUUCUUCUACACUGUAAAAGAUUUAUGGAGCUGUUUGCCAAUCCAUAUUGUAGAUAUAAAUUUAUGUUCAACAGUUUGUUUAAAGUUUAAAGAACAUUAAAGUCUUUGUCUUUGCAGAAUAAAACUAUAAAUUAACAGCGUCAUGCAAAGCAUUCUAGGAACCAAAAUCCUCAUCAACCUUUUUCAUUUUUUCGGUUCCCAAAAUGCUUUAUUUUAGUUUUAGUCUAUGAAGAUAAAGUCUUGUUAAUGUUUAAUGUUCAUUUAACUGUGAACAAACUGUUGAACAUAAAUGUAAAUCUACAGUAAGUCACUGACAAACAGCUGGCAGUAAUAUUGUCAUUUCGACAGAAAUUUUAAGUGUAUGACAUUGCUAGCAUCUUUAUUCAAGUGUGUAUUUUCACAACUGUAUUAAAAAUUUGAGGUGUAAUUUAACCUCCUAAGACCCGAACUUUGGUUUGGCUUGCAUUUGAUAUUUCUUCCAGCUAUUUGGGGUUAGAAAGAACCAAUAAAUAAAAUAACCAAUUUUUUUUAGGUUCCAGUUACACAGCAUUAAGUAUUAUGGUGCAAACAACAAAAAAUUUGAUGUCUAUGUGGACACACCAGGUCUUAGGAGGGUAAGAAAGUAUAUAAAAGAAGUAUAUAAAAUGCGGUACGAAAAUAACAUUAUUUUGAUGAUUUUUUAUUUUAUUUUAUACAGAUUGUUGAUAAAUUUAUACAGAUUAUUGUAAUUUUAUUCAAAUGGGUGAAAUGUUUGAGCGAGGGGUACAUUUUGAGAAUUUCCCUUGUAACUUAAUUCUUGAAAAAAAAUUAUCCAAUAUUUUAGGAUAUACAGUAUGUGAUCAAUUGAGAUAUGACAAAAUCAUAAAAAAUAUAUUUUUCUUAAACAGAUUUUUGUUCACGCUUUGUUUUAAUGAUGGGAUUUUUUGCAUUUUGUUUUGUUUAUUAUUUUUUUGUAAAACUUUAGUGGUGUUAAGAAUAUUUAACAAGAUAAGAAUGAUUACUGUGGUCAUGAUCUGUGACAGCAAUGCAGACUUACAAAAUCAGCAAAUAGCAGAAGGGGGCGCUAUUACACAAGAAUAUGUGUUCAGAAUAUAAAUGCAAUACAGAACUGCGAAGCAGCAGAUGAAAUAUGUAAUUACUUUUUAUAACUGUUUACAUCUGUCAAAAACCACUGUUACUUAAUAUUUUCAUGGAUUUAUGUAGAUUAUAUUUUGGGUUAUUUUUUGUAAACUUGUUUAAUUUUUGUAAGAGACUGUUGAAGGGUUGUGCAUAAAAUUGGAGACGUGUUAUUUAUUUUA